ACCAGAGAGGACCAAUUGGUACUGUUCACUCUGUAGCUAUUACAAUUCGAUAAAAUUGAUUAAUAGCUUAACUCUAGUGAUUGCUCAUCAACAUUCUUAUGGCGUAGGAUUUAAAUGGGGAUACCAGCAGAUCAGACGACAGCUGGAACAGCAUUGCGUCUUCAAAUACGUCUACAGGUUCAAGUUUGACAAAGAAGAAAUCUCAAAAGACUAGAAGUGCUCAUUUCUAUUGGGUUACUAGGGAACCCGGAUCGUUUGAAUGGUUUAAAGGAGUCAUGGAUCAAAUUUCAGAAAUGGAUCACAAAGGCCAGAUUGAGCUGCACAACUACCUUACAAGUGUUUAUGAAGAGGGGGAUGCAAGGUCAACCUUGAUCACCAUGGUUCAAGCUCUCACCCAUGCCAAGCAUGGUAUUGACAUCUUAUCUGGAACGAGAGUAAGGACACACUUUGCGAGGCCCAAUUGGAGAGAAGUGUUCACUAAAAUAGCAUCAAAGCAUCCCUGUGCUACAAUAGGUAAAGAUGAUUUGAGUUAAAAAGGAGAGAGAGAAGUAGAGUUGUAGGUUCAAUGAAUACAUGUUCAAGGCAGUUUAACAAAUUCUAGGCAGGAAGCAUCUAAGAAUUGUCAAAUAUAGAAAUUGUUUUAACAGGACAAGGAAUUGUUAAAUUGCAGGAGUUUUCUACUGUGGGAUGCCAGUGUUGGCCAAGGAGUUGAAGAAACUAUCACAGGAGAUGAGUCGCAAGACGUCCACGCGCUUCCAGUUCCACAAGGAGUAUUUCUGACAUCAUUUAAAUGUAAAACUCCAAUUUUUACUUGUGUAAUGAAUCAAAUGAGAAAUGUAUUUGUGUAUUCCUGAAUGUAGCUCAGCCAGGUGUGUAUAUAUAUUUAUAUACAAUUGCUAUAGUAAUGUUGUUCAACACACAAGAUCAUUUUUUUCAUUAAACAAUACAGAACAAGUUACCGGUUUUGGUUUGGUUUGGGUUGACCGAUAAUAUCCAGAUAAUUUAUACGACUUCCAUGUGUAGGUGAGUUGAUAGAAGAGAACAGCUGUUGCAAUAUUCUGUUUUUUCAAGAGUUUAACGUCAGACAACAUGAGCUAAUUGA